UCUAAUUUCUAACAGGCGGCGCUGGCAGAGUAUAGUUUUAACGGUUCGGAGUUUUACCUUAGGUCAAAAUUGGACCAUCGUUAGCAGCAAAAAGCAAGAGAAUUUCAUUAGGAGAAGACUCGUUGAGGGACAACUCUGAACCCAAACGUUUUAAAGCGUUACUGGUCAUCUGCAGUGUGUGGACAUAGUAUUGUUUUGGUUGUGGAGGCUGUGUGUAGAGCGACGGGGUCUCACCCGGCUCCCCUUAUUCUUUGCUAAGGCUUUCUAUAGUGGACAUAAACGGCCUUGUGGAUGCACUUAGAUGUCUGCAAUGAGUGCUGUGGCUGGCAUGCCUCAGUGUGUUGGACUCCUAUGUUCUGGACUCAGUAGGACAAGAACUUAUCAGCAGAGAACGUCAUGAGCAUAGUCAUCCCAGUAGGGGUGGACACAGCAGACACCUCAUACUUGGACAUGGCUGCAGGCUCAGAACCAGAAUCAGUGGAGGCUAGCCCCGUGGUGGUGGAAAAGUCAAACUACCCUCACCAGAUCUACAGCAGUAGCUCCCACCAUUCCCACAGCUACAUCGGCCUGCCUUACGCUGACCAUAACUAUGGGGCACGGCCCCCACCUACUCCGCCAGCCUCCCCUCCCCCUUCUAUGCUGAUCCGGCAGGGUGAGGGGGGGCUGUUUGUGCCAGGGGCCCAGGACGAGGCAUCCAGGGGCACCACGCUCAGCACCUCGGAGGACAGCAGCUACGGGGCUGACAUCACCCGCUGUAUCUGCGGAUUCACCCAUGACGAUGGCUACAUGAUCUGCUGUGACAAGUGCAGUGCAUGGCAGCAUAUAGACUGCAUGGGCAUCGACAGGCAGAACAUCCCUGAGACUUACCUGUGUGAGCGCUGCCAACCACGACACCUGGACAGGGAGAGGGCCAUUUUGCUGCAGACCAGGAAACGAGAAAGUCUGUCUGAUGGGGACACAAGUGCUACAGAGAGUGGAGAUGAGGUGCCACUGGAGCUCUAUUCAGCCUUUCAGCACACGCCCACCACCAUCACCCUGACCACCGGGCGCCUUGGCAACAAGCAGACUGACAAAAAGCGCAAGAGGAGUGGAGAAAAGGAGCCUCCUGCAGCCUCUGCCCGAGCCAAAAAGGCAUUCCGUGAAGGGUCAAGGAAAUCUUCCAGAGUCAAGGGUGCUGCUCCAGAGCAGGAACCAACAGACCAUCCAUCUCUGUGGGAGAACAAGAUCAAGACGUGGAUGGAGCGUUAUGAGGAGGCCAGCAGCAAUCAGUAUAGUGAGGACGUUCAGAUCCUUCUGCGCGUCAAAGAGCAAGGCGAUGGCAAGAGCCUAGCUUACAACACGCACCCAGCCUCUUUCAAACCACCGGUGGAGAGUCAGGUCCAGAAAAACAAAAGGAUCCUGAAGGCAGUGCGGGAUCUAGCCCCAGACUCGCUAAUCAUUGAGUACAGGGGCAAGUUCAUGCUCCGACAGCAGUUUGAGGCGAACGGAUACUUCUUCAAGAGGCCCUACCCAUUUGUGUUGUUUUACUCUAAGUUUGAUGGGCUGGAGAUGUGUGUUGACGCUCGCAGCUUUGGCAAUGAGGCCCGCUUCAUCCGGCGCUCAUGCACCCCGAAUGCUGAGGUGCGGCAUGUCAUUGAGGAUGGUAUGCUGCACUUGUACAUCUACUCACUGAGGCCAAUCACCAAAGGCACAGAGAUUACCAUUGGCUUUGAUUUCGACUAUGGCAGCUGUAAAUAUAAGGUGGAUUGUGCCUGUGUGAAGGGGAACCAAGAAUGUCCUGUACUAAAACAUAACCUGGAACCCAUAGAGAACCUAGGCUCAGGAAGCCGGCGACGAGGGAGCCGCAAGGACAAGGACACGGCCCGAGAUGACCAGGGCCAGAACCAAAACGUGGGCUUAGAUGGUGAGGGAAAGGGCAAGGGAAUGGGUGACAGCAAGCAGAGGAAACUCUCCCCGCUCCGCCUCUCUAUCUCAAACAACCAGGAUCCUGAGUUAUUUGAGGAUCUAGAAGACAAAACGUCCGUUAGCAAUGAAGUAGAGAUGGAGUCAGAGGAGCAGAUUGCAGAGAGGAGGAGGAAGAUGACACGAGAGGAGAGGAAAAUGGAGGCCAUCCUGCAAGCCUUUGCCCGUAUGGAGAAGAGGGAAAAGCGCAGGGAGCAGGCCCUAGAGAGGAUUGGCAGCAACAAAUCGGAGGUCGGGGGCCGCAGUGAUAUCAAGGAGGAACCUCCGGCCACGCCUGAGACAGUCGAUUCCCCUGCUGUCAUGCAGCCACUGAUAGAGGUAAAAGAGGAGCCAGGACUGAAGCCAGCCAAGGUCAAAGGUUCAAGGAACAGGAAGAGUUUCUCCAGGAACCGCACGCACAUCGGCCAACAGCGGCGGCGAGCACGUACCAUCAGCACCUGCUCUGACUUGCCCCCUGGCUCUCCAGCAGAGUCUGUGGAGCCUGUGGUCAAUGAGGUCCCUGAAGGAGAAACACCAAGUGUUCCUGAGCCCGAGGCCGUCCCCACCGAAGUCCCUGAAGCCAGCCCUCCACACAGCAGCUCACCGGCCCCAGACAGAACUCGCACAGGCCAUAAGAACUUCAAAACUAAAAAGCAGCACUUUGUGAGUGAGUGGGUGGGCGAAAAGCAGCAGGAGCGCGGGGUGGUGAGAACCCCAGAGCCGGCCCCUGAGAGGCCGCUCAGAAUCAGCAGUGACCCGGAGGUCCUUGCGACCCAGCUCAACGCAUUACCGGGCAUGGCCUGCUCACCACAGGUCUACAGCACACCCAAACACUAUGUCCGUUUCUCCUCACCGUUCCUUGCCAGCCGUAGUCCCACCACCCCUGGAGUGCCGACCGGCCGACGGCGCUCUCGAGAAUUACCGGAGACACCGCCAACCACUGGCUCCUGCAAAAAGCGUUGGUUAAAGCAGGCUCUAGAGGAGGAGGGCUCCACCAGCCCAGCCAGACGUCCCAGCCUGCUCAUGCCCAGUGAAGGCCCUCUUAGCCCCUCCAUCAAUGGAGACUCAGACAGCCCUCUGCCCUACAACGGCAGCUGCUCACUGCCAGAGUUGCCCACACCUCUUAAAAAGCGCCGACUAAGUCCAUUGGAUGCCUGUAUGUCCGAAAGCUCAACGCCCUACGGCUCUCCUUGUGCUACGCCCACUAGGGCCGACCAGUUGGAGACACCCGCAACGCCCCUCUUACUUGCCACCCCACCACGUCCCCGUACUGAGGAACCCAGCACGGAGCCCAGUACACCAACACAGGCACUUAGUGUCCCACAGGAGAGUGAAUCUUCAGUGGACAGCUCCCCAGAAGGGAUUCGCAGACCCAGCACUCAAGACGUUGAACGUCCCCCAUCGCUACUCUCGUCCCCGUGUAUAAGGGCUCCCAGCUCAGAUGGACUAUCAACAGAGGCCAAGGGAUCAGUCCCCCUGAGUCCUCAGCCCCCCACUGCUGAGCCCAUAGACUGUGGUGUAGAGGACAGGGCUGAUGGUGGGAUUGUGGAGGGCAACCAUGAGGUCUCUUCCACAGAAGCAGCCUCUUCCGCUUCUCUAAAGGACUCUUUCCCCGGCUGGAUAAAAAGCCCAGAUAGAGGCCCUGCUGGAGCAGCUGGCCUGAACUUCUCACCAGUCAACUCCAACCUGAGGGACCUCACCCCCUCACACACCCUUGAGCCCUUGGCAGCUCCUUUCAGGCCAGAGGCAGCAGCCGGAACUCCUGCAGUGGCCUCAGCUGGGACUGGGUCUGUGGUUGGCGCUGGUUCAGCACCCUUCAGUGAGGGCCAGAACCAGUUAUUCUACCCAUGUUCUGAGGAGCAGACUUCCUUGGGCUUCUCUCGCUCACUGAGUGGAGACUGCAGUGUAGAGGGAGGGGGGUCGGCACAGAACCCCCCACAGAAGAAAAAGGUGUCCCUGCUUGAGUACAGGAAGCGUCAGCGGGAGGCUCGCCGCAGCGGCUCCAAAACAGAGUGCAGCUCUCCCAUCUCCACAGUGCCACCUUUGACCGUGGAUGCUUUCCCUGUUGCCAUAGAGACCACCAGUGAACCUCCCCUAGCCCUAGUUCCAGCAGCUCCCACCCCAAAUGGUGGCGCUCCAAAGGAUGCCCAAACCAACGAGGAUUCGGACAACCCUGUGGAGAAAGGGGAGAAGGAGGGCGGUGAAGGACAGUGGACAUCAUCAACCUCUGUUGAGCAGGCCAGGGAACGCAGCUACCACCGAGCACUGCUGCUCAGCAAGGAUAAAGACACAGAUGGAGAGACAGAGGCAGGUGAUGCCCCGAACAUAAGAGAUUGUCCAUCUCCAAACGUUCAGAAAACUCCAACACAUGCACCUUGCUCUCCUGGUCCAGCUGCCACAGCCCAGCCUCCCUUUCGGCCAGCUAAAGAGGAAGAGAGCGACAGUCAGCCUCGAACACCCAACCAAGCCAGCCAGCCGACGAGCAAGCCGCCGGGCCCCAAGCCGGCUCCACUGACCCCCACAAAGCUGCAUCCCUCAGCCCUCCCUUCCUCCCCCGUUCACUACCCCGGCUCCUCGCUUCUACACUCCCCCAAGCCCCAACCGCAGGGCUCACCCUUCCGUAGCCAGAGGGCUCUGUUCUCUGCUCAGCCUCAAGCCCAAACCCAACCCCAGACUGGUCCCGUUCCCUUCCCCCAGUAUAAUACCCAGAACGCCCUGCCCCCACCUCCCCCUCCCCCUCCCGCACCCCCAGCUUCAGCCACUUAUUUCCCCAACCAGAGCACCACAGCAGCCGGGCCCUUCCCUGGGUUCAAGCCUGCUGUCACAUCGCCCUAUCCUCAGGGUUCCCAGCCCUUGAUGCAGACUAUCCCCCACAGCUUGCACUACCAGAGUUCUGCUGCCCCACCUCCGCCACCCCCUCCACCACCGCACCCCCAGUCAUCUGGCCCCACCCUGCUCCACGUCAACCUGCAGCCUCCACCCAUUCAGCAGCACCAGCUCAUGCUAACCACCGCCCCUCCCCCACCCCCACCCCCACAGGGCCAAACCUCCCAACAACAACAACAGCAGCAGCCUCCCGCCGGCAGCACCCUGCUGUCCCUCACUCCUCCCCCUCCCCCUCCACCCCCUCCCCCUGCGCCCUCAACCAGCACCCCAAUGCAGGCCACGUCCCAUCACUUCCAGAACUUAGGGGGCUUCCAGCCAGCCCUGUUGCACCCUGGUGCAGCUGCCAAUCCUUCAGUCCCCCCAUCCACCUACCCUCCACCCCACCAGCAGACGGGACUGCCUCCCCCUCCGCCUCCGCCUCCCCAACAGACUCAGCCUGGCCAGGCCCCGGCCCAGCCCUCAGCCUCCCAAAUGCCCAGUGGGACUCGUGGGGCCCCCAGCUCCUCCGCCCCCUUCCACAGUUCUGGGUACCUGGGUACAGGGUGGCACUGAGCACCCUCCUUGCCGGCAGGGGGCUCCAACAGCUCGUGUAACAUAAGCUGUAGAUAUAUUUUCUAUGUAUCUGAACACAUGGCCAAUGGAAAAACAGCUGAACGUGGGAUUAAAGGGUACUUUUUAGAAAAGGACAGAAAAUUGGGGAAAAAAAGGACCUUGAAUGAUCUUCAAACGAACUUGAUGUAAAAAUGAAGAUGAACAAUCCCCUGGUGCUCACAACCCCUCUCUCUGGCCUCCUUUUUGAUUUUAUAUAUCCUUCCCACAAUGGAGAGGAACGCUCUCUGUCCUUUGUCUCGUUUGGACUCCUAUUGUAAGUCCCUGCACUUUCUGUAUCAAUGGACAUUCCAGCCUAUAUCCCCCCUCCUUCUCCUUCGUCAGUUAGUCCUUUCACCUCCUCUAACUCUCUUGUCUGUUGUCUACUCUAUUCUCCACACCAAUAAUUUGUUUUAUCUAGUGGUUCAUUAUAGCAAAGAAAGCUUUUGUAUAGAGUAAAAAAACAAAAAACAAACAAACAAACAACAGAAUUAUUUUUUUUAUUCCUCUGUCUAACAAAUAUCUGUGCACCGCUACAGAGAUUCGGAAGAAAAUCCUUCAGGGAGCCUGCUUCGCUGCCCUGGGAAGCUGCACUCGCGUGCGUGUGCGUGUGUGUGUGCGUUUGUGUGUGCGUGUUUGUGAGAGUUUGAGAAGAAAGUAGUGUCUGGAUGCAUAAACCUGUGUGCACUCACCGUCUUCAGUGUCUGCAGGCAGGGUUCGAAGGAGCGCGCCUGUUCAUGUGUUGAGCGUGUCAGGAGGAGGAGGAGAGAGAGAAAGGCUAAAGAGUCGAGUCGUUACGAGUGCCCCAAGUCUUCUGAGGUAGCCAGAGUGGUCUCGCCCAUAGGUAGGACGUUAGCGGUUUAUUUUUGAAUAUCAAUGGUUAUUUGUAGAAAGUGUAAUUUAAUGUAUAGGUGGUUACAGCAGCUUUCACCAGGAACAGAUUGUAAAUAUUUGCUUCUUUUCUUUUCUAUGCUUGUACAAUUCGCUCCCAUCCCAUUUUGGAAUAUGGUUGUAUAUAUGAACGCUCUCUUGGCAAAGCUGAAUGUUUCUGUGACAGUAGCAUUAUUUUAUUUUGUUUUUUUUUGGGGGGGGGGGUUUCCUCUCUGGACUCUUUGACUUUGUCUUUUUUAUUAUUUGUGUGUGUGAGUGUAUGUUUGUGUGGAGGGGAGUGACUCACAGACACUGCACUGGUUGGCUAUUUUCAUGGUUCAUUAUAAUAAAUCACUGUAAUGACAGUUUUAUACCAGUCUUGCUGUCCUGUGUCUCUUUCAGGUGUUUCUGAACUCACUGAUGUGUUCUUGCUGGGCUUUCCCUCACCAACAUCAAACUCAUGCCAAAAAUAUAAAACACAAACUCAAAAUAUGUCCUGCGAGUGUUACAGGCUGUUUCUCUCUGAUCAGCUGCAAAUAUUAUGGACAGCCAGUUUGACUUUUCAGGGUUCAGACUCUGGAAAUAACUCCCUUCUCCCCUCUAGGUGUUGCCUGUAUCUAUAUCACGUUUCCUAUUGAGAGGAGGGUUGGGGGUGGGUGGAGAUGUGUUACCAGGUGCCGCUUUGCAUCUUCAGCGUGUCUCUCCUAUCGGCCGUGUAGGUUACAGGGGUCGUCAGCGCUCCUGUGGAACAGAUGGCCCCGCACACCCCACCCCCCUCGAUGCAGGGAGAUGCGUGCGUAUCAAAGCUGAUGCUCAUGCGUCAGCCGGCAUCACGGCUCCAUGGGGCACUUGACAAGGGUGCUCCUGAUUCCCGGUAUGUUGCACUAAACGGAGCAAAUGAGCGUCACAGCUGCCCCUCAGGAUGCGGAGGAGCGCCCAGCUGGUUGGGCUUCAGCUGCUCCUCUCUCGCUUCUCUCCUGUACUCUGGAGCAUCUCCUGAGCCUGUUUAUCAAAACCGCCUCAUGUGUCUGGUUCGAGAAUGAGUCAACAGAAAAUGUCCCAGUGUCUCCAAAAGUUGGAAAACUGAAGUGUACAGUUGAGAUUUAGUGUUUCGGACGACAGCCUGUUUUGAGAAGGAAUCUAUUCUGCUGUGAUGCUUGGAAGGAUGAGGACGACAUGUACUUCCUGCUCACUUCCAUUAGAACCAAGGAGAACGGGAAACGGGGGGGAUGCUUUCUGUGCUUGAGUAUAGUCUGAGAUGUGAUGCCUUAUUGACACUUGAUAUUGUUUGAAUUUUAAUCAUUUAUGUAGUGAUACCCUCAACUUUCAAGUGAUUGACUGUUCAUAGUUUAAAGCUACAAUCCUGAAUUAUUUAUUUUUAUACUGAGACUGAUUGGAAGAUACAUCCUACGAUGCACUGGGACACAUCGUCAGUGAUGGUUCCUGAGGUCCUCAGGUCUUUUGGGUCUUUCAACAUCAUACACCCUCACUCAGGCGACCCAGCCAGGGUUGAGCUUAAUUCAAGGUUCUGUAUACCAACACGGGGAUCGGUGGUUCAAAUCCCUGUGUAACCUGCAGACACAAGUGGCUGUGUCAGCGGGUGGGAAGCCGGAUGUGGGCAUGUGUCCUGGUCGCUGCACUAGCGCCUCCUCUGGUUGGUCAGUGCGCUUGUUCAGGGGGGGAGGUGGACUGGAGGGGAUAGCGUGAUCCUCGCUACGUCCCCCUGGCGAAACUCCUCACUGUUAGGUGAAAAGAAGCGGCUGGCGACACCACAUGUAUCGGAGGAGGUCUGCAGCCCUCCCCCCGGCUCAGCAAGAGGUGGGUGGAGGAGCGACCGGGACGGCUUGGAAAAAUUGGGUAAUUGGCCAAGUACAAU